CAUCUCCUUUAUCUUAUUCUAUACCAAUGUCAGCACCUUUAAUUAACCGGUCGUUGACCACCAUCAGAACUGAGUUGGAGUUCCUCCAUGACUCUGAAAUCAUCGACGAACAGUUAUACAACAAGUUGAUCAACGCUCUCCCCCAUAAAUACCAAAAUGGCAUGCAGCCAUGGGGAGUAGAAAAACUUGAAUCCACAACUGGUUCCACCGACAAGUUGGCGGCGGAGCUAGAAUCAACUAAGAUAUCUGCACCUCCCAGUGAGCCUCCUUCACGGUCCUCGGCCUUUCAAAGACCCCAAGCUCCAAAGCCUCUUGGAUUCUGUACCGUAUUAUUCGAUUACCAAGCUCAAGAAGCUGACGACUUGAACUUGAAAAAAGACGAGAAGGUCGCCAUAGUGGAUCACUUGUCCGAAGAUUGGUGGAAAGGAUACACUAAGGACCAACCCCAACGUAUCGGUGUUUUCCCCAGCAACUAUGUCAAGUCCAUUAGUGAAUCGGAAUUCAACAUUUCUGCAUCACCUGCCAUUAUUGCUCCUCCGAGCUCCAAGAACGAAAAAUCUGAGUACAAAGCCGAAGACUAUCUGUACCCUGCCCCACAGCAACAGUACCAUCCACCAUACCAAGCACAAGGCUAUUCAGCACCUCCCCAAUACCCUCCUCCCACCACCAACUUCUACCAGCAAGCACCGGAGCAACAGCAGCAGAUGGUUCCACAACAAGGAGGUAACGACCAUCCACAUUUGCGUAAGUUUGGAAGCAAGUUGGGAAACGCUGCUAUUUUUGGUGCUGGUGCCACUAUUGGAAGUGAUAUUGUGAACUCUAUCUUUUAAUUAAUCCUAGUCUAUGAAUAUAAAUCUGCUGAUAUGUUUUAUUACUA